AGCUCCGGGCCGCCGAGCAUCCGGCACUAACGUCAGCCGCCACAUCAACCCGGUAUCGCUCUCGGACCUGUAGAAUCUCGCCGUUGGUGAUACCGGGGCUUAUUAGGGCUGACUGUCAGCGUUGUUGACUAGUCUCGAAGCCUACUGCUCCGGCAGGCUGUAAACAUGGAUGGCGGGAAAUUCCAGUCGGUCGCGAUGGUUACAUAGGCAGCCAAUUCUAUCUAUAUAAGAGACAAUAGAUCUGCCCAUUUGGCAAAUAUUCAGUCACAGCUCAUCACCUUCAAUCACGACGUCUACAUUGCAUCAGUUCAGCAACUCGCAGCCAACUUCGUAACCAAGUUCAACUUGCUCUAUAUCUUAUCCGCCAGUUCACUCAAGACCACUCACAACCGCAACCAUGUUCAGCAAGACUCUCGUCGUCCUCGCCGCAGCUCUUAGCAUUGCUUCCGCUGCCCCGACUGGCACCACCAACUCCGGACCCUCAACGACCGUCUCCCGCACAGGUACCACUCACUCUGUGGUGGCCGGCCGGGCCGGACUCCAUUUCGACCCCGAAAACGUCGUUGCCGAGAUCGGUGACGUAGUGGAGUUCCACUAUACUCCAAAGAAUCACUCGGUGGUCCAGUCCUCGUUCGCCCAGCCCUGCCAGCCACUGAACGCAGCCUCCUUCUUCUCCGGCUUCUUCCCGACCGCCGAGGGCCAGAACCCAGAGGUGUUCCAGAUCGUCGUCGAGGACAAGAACCCUAUCUGGUACUACUGCGGCCAGACGGCCGGGAGCCACUGCCAGAACGGCAUGGGCGGCGUCAUCAACCAGAACUUCAACUCGGCCAACACGCUUGCUAAGUACAAGGAGCUUGCUGCAAACACGGGCGUUUCCGUCAACCCGCCUAGCAUCCAGGGUGGCGCUCGCAUUGCCAACCCCAACCCUCUCUCCGGCUUCUAAACCGUUUUCCUCUUCUUUUUAUUGCGCCUGGAUUUGACAUCUCACAUCGCGACGGGGGUUAUGAUCUCUACCAUAUAGAUUCUAGACUUGGGCCUGGUGGGUGGUGGGCACAUUGGGGGGCAUUGAUUUUCGGAAGGAUUGCAUGAGGUUUCAGGCGGCGGCGUACGCACACGGCUUAGACAUUUUAGACAGGUUGGCAGCAUAUUCGUUUUGGACACUCAAACGCAGGAAAUAAACACAUACUUGUUCUGCCACAAUACACUACUGCCAUGAUAUACUUUGCAAGCUGAAAUUUGAAUAAAGUCUAGAG